UGUGUGCGUGCGUGUAUGUUUGUGUGUCUGUGUGUGUUACAUUACCUCCGAUCACGUGUCACGCAGAGCCAUCCGCGCCCGAAGACAGUUUCUGUACGGAACGGGCUCGGUGAUUGCCACCCUGUUCGGCCUGGUGUCGCUCGUCAUGUUCGUGUUCUACUUCGCCGGCGGCGGCACCAAGGAGCCGGAUCCGUCACGGUCGACCCUGGGACAGUACAGCCACUGGGCCGUCAUCACCGAUGUACCUGCGUGCAAGCACGUGCCCAGGGAGGUGUAUUCAAAGAACGGCACAAUUGCUGACGCCGCCGUGGCUACCAUGCUUUGCAUGGGCGUCGUACAUCCGCACGCAUCGGGCAUCGGCGGUGGAUUCGUGGCGCUGUACUAUCACAGAAUCACUAAACGAGCCCGCGUGCUGAUUGCCACCGAAACUGCUCCCAAGUCUGCACGCCGUGAGAACUUCACCGACAGCAAGGCACUGCGCAGCGGCUGGAAGUCCGUGGGUGUACCGGCAGCGCUGUACGGUUACUACGCUCUACUCUCUGAGCUCGGCUCGACGUACCAGUGGGAGAGGCUGUUCGAGGCGGCCCACUACAAGGCUUCCGAGGGCGUCGACGUGGACGAGGGGCUGGCGAACGCCAUCAAGUACAUGGGCGAACAGAUUAAGCGCGAGGACACGCUUAAGCCCGUCUUCUGGAAUACAUACACCAAGGACCUGUACCGCGAAGGCCAACUAAUACGGAAUCCGCCUCUGUCUCGGACGCUCAAAACGCUGUCGGAGACGGGAUUUCGGUCGUUCUACAUGGUGACCAAAGACAAGAACAACACCAUAGCGGACGCCCUCGUCCACGACCUGAUCACCGGCGACGCUAGGGACUUCACAACCGAAGGUACGCACGGCACCAGUUCGCUUGUGACCGGCGCCGACCUCGCCAACUACCAGCCCGUCUGGAAGGAGGCGCUAAGCACCACGCUCCGCGGAGGACCCGCCGGCGACUUGACGAUGUACACCGCGCCGCCGCCGACGGCCGGCGCCGUGCUCUCCUACAUAAUGAACGUCAUGAACGUCAAGCGCAGCCGGGACGACCCGACGCGCAACCAGCAGUACGCGAUCACGCUCGCCAACAUGCACUACCUGGCCGAGACGUUCAAGUACGCGCUCCAGAAGCGUUCCUUCUUGGGCGACGACGACUACGUCGACAUACGGAGGGAGGUGCAGCAGAUGCUGUCCACGCACUACGCGUCGGACACCUUCAACAACAUACUGCCGGAAAGAGCGAGAAAACCCGAGGACUACCUGCGCGGAGUCGUGCCGCAGUCUGACAAGGGCACCAGCAACCUCAUCCUCUACGCGCCCUCGGGAGACGCCCUCGUCAUCUCGAGCACGCUUCACAACGCGUUCGGCAGCUUGCGCAUGUCGCGCCAGACGGGCAUCCUGCUGAACAACGCGCUGACCGACUUCAGCGACCUGGACAUGGCGACUCGGGUGGUGGACGCCAGCGGCAGCGGCAGCGACGGCGAAGUGUCCGAGAGCGACGCCCGGCGCGCCAACAGCAUGGCGCCCUUCAAGCGGCCCCUCACCUCCAUGUCGCCGAUGCUGGUGCUGGGGCCGAACGGCUCGCUGAUGGCACUCGCCGGUUCCGGUGGACUGCGCAUCCCCACGAGCAUGGCCCAGGUGGCGAUCCGUGUCCUCUGGGAGAAAAAGAACAUAAAGAAGGCCAUCGACUAUCCUCGCAUCCACACGGACUUGCUUAGCGGGACCAUCUACUAUGAGCCGAACAUGCCAGAAAAAAUGAUGCAGAAGCUUGGUCAGAAGAACCACACCCUGGAAAAGGAGAGCGGGGAGCUGGGCAUAUUGGACCACUACUCUUUCGUCACCGGCCUCACGCACAUCGAUGGCCUCAUCGAGACCAACUACGACUAUCGCAGCGUGGUUGGCGGAUCGGACGGUGAUUCGCCCGUCAACCUGAUCACCCUCUGCCCAACUCCGGGAACUCAAUGCACUUCUGCACAGUUCCCUUAG